AUGGGAGAAGCACAAGAACUGCAGCUCAGCAUCAUGGCUCAGGAAGCAAAUGAAGCAAGCUCACCAGGGCAUACAAAUGUUCCCGACCGGUCACUGCUUCCUCAGCGCAGAAGUUUCAACUGGUGGCUUAAAGUGGCCAUUUAUGCAUUCCUUGUCAUCGCUGGCCAGUCAGUUGCAACGCUCUUGGGAAGAUUGUACUUCGAUAAAGGCGGCGACAGCAAAUGGCUGGCAACAGUGGUACAACUUUGUGGCUUUCCUGUCCUGCUUCCUUACUAUUGCAUCCCAGCAGCAAGCAGAAAUCCAAUCACAAAAAAUAGUACUGUCCAAUUCAAACAACCGUCCACCUUAAUCCUUGCAUCAGUAUAUGGCUCUAUUGGCCUCUUAUUAGCACUGGACUGCUACUUGUAUUCUGUAGGCCUAGCUUACCUUCCUGUUUCUACUUAUUCCCUCAUUUGUGCAUCCCAAUUGGCCUUCAAUGCGCUUUUCUCCUUCCUCCUCAACUCACAAAAGUUCACUCCCUACAUUGUCAAUUCUCUAGUUCUCCUCACCAUCUCCUCCACCCUCCUCGUGUUUCAAGGUGACUCUGCGGAUGACCCUAGUGGAGGAUCGAAAACAAAGUAUGCGAUCGGGUUCAUAUGCACUGUUGGGGCAUCAGCCGGAUAUGGAUUGGUGCUUUCCCUAACACAACUUGCCUUCAAAAGGGUUAUAAGAAAGGAGACAUUUAGAGUGGUCAUGGAUAUGAUAGUGUAUCAAUCUCUAGUUGCAACCUGUGUCAUCUUGGUCGGGCUUUUUGCUAGCGGAGAGUGGAAGGGUUUGAAGAAAGAGAUGGGGAUGUACAAACUAGGGACGGUAUCCUAUGUUAUGAAUUUGGUAUGGACAGCUAUAAUAUGGCAGCUUUUUGGUAUUGGCGCUUUAGGCUUGAUUUUGGAGGCCUCUUCCCUCUUCUCCAAUGCCAUAAGUGCUAUGGGUUUGCCUGUUGUUCCAAUUCUAGCUGUGAUCUUCUUCCACGACAAAAUGGAUGGAAUUAAGGCAAUGGCCAUGGUUUUGGCCAUUUGGGGCUUUAUUUCUUAUGCUUAUCAGCACUACCUUGAUGAUCGUAAGUCCAAGAAUGAGAACAAAAAUGUCAAUGGUGAAGUUCCUGAAGCUUCAUCACUGGAAAAAAUUAAUGGUUGA